ACACGUGGGUGUGCGAUUCCACUAUCUUAUCGUGACUGAAAAAGCAUAACUAUCACUCGUCAUGACAUCAUAUGGUUAAUUGUUUGUUGUUCCCGCUUGGAGUUCAGAUAGAGCCAGCUGGAUCUUCCUUUAUCUUCCUUCAACUGAACCCUGUCUUAAAAGACUUCCUUAAAGUGAGGCUCAAUGGCUCCUCCGAAGUUGACGUACUUCCCUAUCCGAGGUCUUGGCGAGCCAAUCCGUUUCGUCCUCUCUUACGCCAAUGAAAAGUUUAUAGAUGACAGAAUAACCACCGAGGAUUGGCCUAAAAUAAAGCCAACCACGCCCUUUGGAAAACUACCGAUCUUGGAAAUCGACGGCAAGAUUGUGAAUCAAACUGCUGCAAUCUGUCGUUACUAUGCCAAAAAAGCUGGUAUUGCUGGCAAAGAUGAUUGGGAAGCUCUGCUGAUAGACGCAACCGUUGGAACAUUUGAUGAUAUGAGGAUGGCAAUAUCAGGCUAUCACACGGAUCCUAAUGAAGAAUCUAAGGCGAAAAAGUAUGAUAUUUUGAUAAAAGAAACGAUUCCUUUCUACAUGGGACGGUUAGAUAAGCAAGUGGAGGAAAACGAAGGAUUUUUUGUUAAUGGAAAGCUGUCGUGGGCGGAUCUAUGGGUCGUCGCAUUGCUUGGUACCAUGAGUUAUUUUGCCAAAAUUGACCUUGUUGAGGAUUACCCUAAUGUCAGAGCAUUGAAGGAUAAAGUAUUGUCAAUUCCUCAGAUUAAAGCUUGGGUUGCAAAGAGGCCGUUGACGGAUUAUUGACUAGUUUUGUGAUAUAAAUGUUGACAUUUGUUAAGUUUUAGCACAUCUUAUUUUCUUGACAUUUUUUCAUGAAUUUAGGAAAGUUGUAAGUUGAAAUGCAUUCAAUGGUACAAUAACUUACAGACAAUCAGAACUCUCUAUAACAAAUUCCUUGGUCAUGUGUUUUUUAGACCAUCAAACCUUCAAAUUAGCAAACUAAUUGUCUAGAUACUCCAACAAGUGUACACUGCCAAACACGUGCAUGAAAUGUGACUACAACCUCUGAUCACGGCAUAUACCUACACUUUCAUAUUAAUGCUCUUUGAGGAUGGAUAUCGCCAGAAAGAAUAAUCAGUAAAAGUCAGAAGAAAAAUACAAUUUGUUAACGAUAUAUUGUGUCAUAAUUUUGCCAAUACGGCAUAAAAACGCAGUGUAAGUAUUUUUCAGGCGUUCUUACGGUUUAAGGAAAUUAACUUUUAGAAUAAUGAUCGCUCUUCAUUCUAAUUUGUAGUACUUAGUUUUUUGGUUCUUUUGGUUUUCUUAUUAAAAAUGUUGUAAUUGAUUACCACUUUGGAGGUAAAAUUUUUUACUGUCCAUGACGAAACUAUAAAAUAUGCGAUUUGCUAUGUUUGUAAACUUGGUACCCUGGUUUUCAUGCGGACACAUCAUCUUCAAUUAAAGCGUUAAAUAUAA